AUGCCCAAAAAAGAUUUUGGAAAAAUUACGUUACGUCAAUCAAACAUAACACACCGUCAAACAUUAUCUGGUAAAUACACAGCAAAUAAUAUUCCUAUCCUCAGAUGUAAUAAUUCACUUAUAUCUCAUAUUCACGAUAUAGCAAAUGCCCUAGCCGAUGCUUUUGCUAAAGUUUCUAGCGACUCUGCUUACCAACAACCAUUUGCCACGAUAAAAAGAAAUAGUGAAAAGAUCAAACUGACGCCAAAGAACAGAAACAGCGAAUCUAAUAAACCUUUUACUCUUAACGAACUUCAAUAUGUUUUAAAAAAUACCCACUCGACAGCUCCUGGUCCUGAUGAAAUUCACUAUUCUAUGAUUCAAAACCUGCCUGAUAAAAUCUUAAGUCUUCUCUUAAUAAUAUACAACCGAAUCUGGACAGAAAGAACUUUUCCUAAAAACUGGUCUACAGCUUACGUAAUACCCAUUCUCAAACCAGGAAAGAAUCCAGAGGAAACCACAAGUUACAGACCCAUCGCUUUAACCAGCUGCCUCUGCAAGCUCUUUGAAAAAAUGGUAAAUCGGCGCCUUAUGCAUUUACUUGAAACCGAAAAUCAUCUUUCCCAAUGCCAAAGUGGCUUCCGCAGAGGUCGGAGCACCGUAGAUAAUCUGCUAAAACUCGAAACUGACAUUCGCCACGCAUUCUUAAAAAAUCAACAUCUAGUUUCAAUUUUCUUUGAUAUGGAAAAGGCUUACGAUAGAACUUGGCGCUAUGGUAUACUUAAGGACCUUAUAAACUGUGGAAUAGGUGGUAACAUGUUUUAUUUUAUUAAAAACUUUUUAUCCAAUAGAACUUUUCAGGUCAAAAUUAAUUCCAUUUUAUCUGAUAUUUUUCCUCAGGAACAAGGUGUUCCUCAAGGAAGUGUCUUAAGUGUAACGCUUUUCAUAUUGAAAAUAAACAACACUUUAACCCAACUUCCUGUAACAGUAUAUGGUGAAUUAUUUGUGGAUGACUUUCGGAUUUCAUGCCGAUCCACUAAUAUGACACUAUUUGAGAGACAAAUGCAACUAGCUGUAAAUAAAAUUUUAAAAUGGGCAAAUGAAAAUGGUUUUACUUUCUCACCUCAAAAAACUCAUUGUGUUCAUUUUUGUCGACGACGUGGUCUUCAUCCUCAUCCUGAAAUUAUUUUAAAUAAUAACGCUAUUGAAGAAACAAAAUUCCUGGGAAUGAUUUUUGACUCUAAACUAACUUUUAAACCUCAUAUAAACUACAUUAGGAGAAAAUGCUCUCAAUCAUUAAACAUUCUUAAAGUCCUCGCUAACUGUUCAUGGGGAGCUGAUAUGGAUUCGAUGUUAAAAAUAUAUCGUGCAGUGAUACGUUCCAAACUAGAUUAUGGUAUUCCUAUAUACUCUUCAACUCGUCAAUCCGUUUUAAAAUACCUCGACACUAUCCAUCAUCAAGGAUUGAGAAUAUCAUCAGGUGCAUUUAGGACUUCACGAGUUGAAAAUAUUGAGGUUUUUACUAACACAGGCAUCAUCCCACCUUGGAUUGAUGUUUCAAAUUGUGUGUUAGACGUUUUUAAUAAUUUUAAAAAAUCUGACACUAGCUCAAGUGUUUUUACUCAAAAAUUUGAUGAACAUCGCCAUAAAUAUAUCGAUUUUGAAUCAAUUUUUACUGACGGAUCAAAACACGAUAAUCAUGUUGGUUGUGGUGUUGUUACUGAAAAUUCUACUGUAUCUGAGCAACUGCUUCCUGAUUCUUCAGUCUUUACUGCGGAAUGUUAUGCUAUUUUACUAGCCCUUAACUAUAUUUUCGACCAAACUUAUCUAAAGUGGAUAAUAUAUACUGACUCACGUAGUUUUAUAGCAAGUAUUUCAGACAUCGGUCUAAACCCAGUCAUACUCAAAAUCCAAAAGUACAUCACUCGACUAUAUGACAGAGGUUUCAAUAUUUAUUUUUGUUGGAUACCAUCCCAUGUCGGUAUACACGGGAAUGAAUGUGCUGAUGUAGUUGCAAAAAGUACUCAUAACAUAAGCAGGAAUGUUUUAGCACCAUUGGACAUCAAGCGAAUUUGUAAAUUAUCAGUUUAUCAAGCCUGGAAAGAACACUGGAAUACACAAAAUGAUAAUAAAUUACAUGGAAUUUUCCCUUCUAUUGAUAACAAUAAAAUAAUGCCCAUUGACCGUAAAACUCAUGUUUUAAUAAACAGGCUACGCAUUGGCCACUCACGAUAUACCCAUAUGCACUUAUUGAAAAACGAACCUGCACCUGUUUGUUCAUUCUGUCAAGUUGUUAUCACCAUUAAGCAUAUUUUUACUGACUGCAGACGAUUCAAAUACUUGAGAAAAAAUUUCUUUGGCAGUUUUAACCCUGAUCUUCAAUCUUUACUUGGUGACCCUAUACAUCACAAUCUUUUAAAAUUUAUCAAAGUCAUAGGACUUUAUUCUCUGCUUUAAAAAAUAACACCGUAGUUUAACCUUGUGACCAAAUUUUAACCUAGUGCCUGGCGCAGUAUAGCCAUUUCUGGCUCUUGCGCCAAUAAAAUCCAACCAACCAACCUAUCCCCUGAGCCCCC